AUGUCGGGGCUUGGUACACAACUGUCCUGCAUUCUGAGUAGCGUGCUGCUGCUAUUCUGCGGAGGAAUGCAUAUAGGAUGGAGUAUUAUGCACUUCUACAUGAGCGGCAACAGCUGGGCGGUAGGAAUUUCGGUGGACGAAUACCGAUUUGCGAUUCUUUCGUUCUUCACUGGCUGUGGCUUCAUAAUACUCAUCGUGGCGGCUACAAAACAAUUUCUCCCGACGAGGAUCUGGCUAGUGCUUUCUGCCUUCUUUUUCAUAAUUAACGGCGCUUUCUUUACGGCCAUGCCGACUUACUACGCCGCCACCGUAGCCACGCGUAUUAUAGCAGGAUUUGGUCACGGUAUUUGCCAUGUUGUGUCGAUCAUCUACGUUGGUGAGAUUGCCUCGCGAAAUUUACGCGGAAAACUUGUGGCCGUGCUAGUUUCUAGCAUAAUUGGUGGUAUCGCGCUGUUCACGAUUCUUUCUAUGGUGACUACAAACCCAAUUUUCUUCUCCGAGCCGAAUAUGCACGCGAACCGAGCGAUCGGCAUUGUAAUCCUCUCGUUGAGCACCUUCGCUCUUGUUCCUGCGUGGUUCGUAGUUAUCGAAUCUCCUAUCCACAUCCUUACAACGUCGGGCAACGAAUCGGAAGCUAGAAGUAACCUGAUAAAGCUACGGGGCCUCAGCAUGGAAUCACCCUCGCUGAUGGAUGAGUUCGAAGACAUGAAGACACUCGCGUCGGAGAGCGAAAGCCUUUCACCGUUUUUCCUUUCGCAGGGAAACUUUCCCCCGUUUCAGUUGACUUUGCUCAUUAAAUUGGCCAACUUACUAUUUUUCAACUAUUCGAUGAAUACGGCCAAAAUGUCGCUCAUGUCUCUCAUGUUCACUCUGACACUGUUCAGUCAUAACUGGGCACCGUCAAUACUGAUGCUAAGCAAGUUUUGUGGUUCUAUCCUUGCUAUCUUUAUUAUUGACGUACUUCCGCGGCGUUUCCAGUAUGGCAUAUCGUCCACUUUUACCGGAACCUUCAUGCUCGCGCUCGGCAUUGUUUUAGCCACUUACGAUUCCGUUGAAACGUGGGUACCACCUUUUCUUUACAUAACCGCGGAAGUGUUCAACACUUUUGGCAUGCUCCCAGUCUCAGAAAUUAUGCUUUCCGAGGCGUUUCCACCAAAAAAGCGAGCCUUGUCUGUGUCCUCUAUACUAAUCUGCGAAUAUGUUGGCCAUAUGGUGGUGUACAUCAUAUACUUUAAUGUACCGAGCACAAUUGAAAACACUUACAUUAAAACCCUGGUAUUUUCGGGCGUCAUUCUUCUUAAGUGCAUCAUUGCUGUUCUGACGACGCCAGACACCCGAAACAAGUACCCUCGAGAAGCAGUUCAUGCGUAUAUGCAUAAGAAAAAAUAA